GCUACACGCUAAUGCAAGAAGUAAGGGUCCCAUCGAUACGAUAACCGGCAAGUGUGUAUCGAGAUAAAAAAAGGUUUCUGCUUUUAGUUCAGUUGUGUUUCGCUUCUUUCUUUCAUCUGAACCAAAUUAGUGCUGGUCUCACUGUCACUAGCCGAGUUGGCUCACCAGAAUGGUAGUGAGUUGACAAGACAUUACCUCAGUUGCCUUAUAAUUGAAAGAAUCCAUGGGAGGUCAAAGCUCAAAGAUUGGUACAUGUUGUUGGCAUUCAUCACACAAGACUGCUGCUCUUGAAGCUCCAGAUGUUGAAAACAAAGAGAAUGGUGAGGUAACUGGUGUACUGUCUUUUCGUGGAUACACACUAGAACAGCUUAAGAUCGCCACCUCUGGUUUUGCUUUGGAGAAUAUUGUGUCUGAACAUGGAAAAACAGCUCCAAAUGUCGUCUAUCAAGGGAAAUUGGAGAAUCAUAUGAAGAUUUCUAUCAAGCGCUUUUCUGGAACUGCCUGGCCUGAUCCACGCCAAUUCCUGGAAGAAGCAAGAUCGGUUGGUCAGCUACGCAGCAAAAGAAUUGCCAAUUUACUCGGUUAUUGCUGUGAAGGCGGCGAGAGGUUACUUGUGGCUGAGUUUAUGCCUAACGAGACACUAGCCAAACACCUUUUUCACUGGGAAAAACAGCCAAUGAAAUGGGCAAUGCGACUAAGGGUUGUCUUAUACAUUUCGGAAGCUCUUGAAUACUGUAGUAACAAUGGACGCACGCUAUAUCAUGACCUCAAUGCUUACAGAGUUUUAUUUGACGAGGAAUGCAAUCCAAGACUUUCAACAUUUGGGUUGAUGAAGAAUAGUCGGGAUGGGAAAAGUUAUAGCACAAAUCUUGCUUUUACCCCACCUGAGUGUCUACGAACUGGGAGAAUCACAGCAGAGAGUGUGAUUUACAGUUUUGGCACUCUUCUGCUUGAUCUUCUCACCGGAAAGCAUAUUCCUCCUAGCCAUGCCCUUGAUUUGAUUCAAGACAGAAAUCUUCAGACUAUAACCGAUUCCUGCUUGGAGGGACAAUUUUCAGACAGUGAUGGUACGGAGUUAGUACGCCUGGCAUCUCGUUGUCUUCAGUAUGAAGCUCGUGAGCGACCAAACAUAAAAUCUUUGGUCACUGCGCUGAUAUCUCUCCAGAAAGACACAGAGGUCCUGUCUCAUGUUCUAAUGGGUCUGCCUCAAACUGGUACUUUUGCUUCACCUCCGUCUCCUUUUGCUGAGGCUUGCUCGAGAAAAGACCUGACCGCUAUGGUUGAGAUCUUGGAAAAAAUUGGUUACAAAGACGAUGAAGAUCUUUCGUUUCUGUGGACGGAGCAGAUGCAAGAAGCUAUAAACUCGAAGAAAAAUGGCGAUAUUGCAUAUAGACGAAAAGACUUUAGUGAAGCCAUUGACUUUUACACGCAGUUUCUUGAUUUGGGAAUGAUCUCUGGAACAGUCUUUGCGAGGCGAAGUCUGAGUUACCUAAUGAGUAACAUGGCGAAAGAAGCUUUAGAAGAUGCAAUGAAGGCUCAAGGCAUUUCUCCUGUUUGGUAUGUUGCAUUGUAUCUCCAGUCUGCUGCUCUUUCUGUCCUGGGAAUGGAGAAGGAAUCUCAAAUCGCACUUACCGAAGGAUCUAUCCUUGAAGCCAGAAAGAUUUCAGCUUCCACACAGAACUAAAGACUUAUUUUUAUGGGUUUUGGCAAAAGAUGAAUAGGCUUUGGUUAUAUUAUGUGUAACAAUCCAAAGGUAAUGUGUUGUCUCAUUGGAUGCAAAAGAAGGUUUAGAUGUUAAGCAUUGUGUACAAAUUAUGGCUUCAUCAGUAGAAGCUAAUCCAUGGCUUCAGUUGAUACAUAUAAUAAGACAAUUGGGGAUGU